CCUCCGCUAAUAAAUAUGACGUCAGGAAAGUGUUGGAGGGUUGUCAAAGGAGCCAGUUUUCGCGAACGAAGAUCAAAAUUGCAGAGACAGAGAGGGAGAUACUUUCGAGGUCGUGCAAUUACAGCCAUGGGAAAUCAUUUCCCUGUGGCCGAGCGCAACGACAGUAAGAUGCCUUUGGGAGAUGAUGGACAUGCCUGGAAAAAGAAGACUUCAGACAUUAAGGAGAUCUACGACUUCAAAGAAGUUCUGGGGACUGGUGCCUUCUCAGAGGUCGUCCUGGCCGAGGAGAAGAGAACCCAGAGGCUGGUGGCCAUAAAGUGCAUCCCCAAGAAAGCUCUAGAGGGGAAGGAGAACAGCAUUGAGAAUGAGAUUGCUGUCCUGCACAAAAUGAAGCAUGCCAACAUUGUUUCCCUGGAGGACAUUUUUGAGAGCAAAUCCCACCUCUACCUCGUCAUGCAGCUCGUGUCUGGUGGGGAGCUCUUUGAUAGAAUUGUGGAGAAGGGCUUCUACACAGAGAAGGAUGCCAGCAAGCUCAUUCAACAGAUCCUGGAUGCUGUGAAGUACCUCCAUGAUAUGGGCAUCGUGCACCGGGACCUGAAGCCAGAGAAUCUGCUGUACUACAGCAUGGACGAAGACUCCAAGAUCAUGAUAAGUGACUUCGGACUGUCCAAGAUCGAGGGCUCAGGCAGUGUGAUGUCCACUGCGUGCGGAACCCCUGGAUACGUAGCUCCGGAGGUCUUGGCUCAGAAACCGUACAGCAAGGCGGUGGACUGCUGGUCCAUAGGAGUCAUCGCAUACAUUCUUUUAUGCGGGUACCCUCCAUUUUAUGAUGAAAACGAUGCCAAGCUCUUCGAGCAGAUCUUAAAAGCAGAGUACGAGUUUGACUCUCCGUACUGGGACGAUAUCUCAGAUUCAGCCAAAGACUUCAUUGUUCAUCUUAUGGAGAAAGACCCCAGGAAACGGUAUACGUGUGAACAGGCACUGCAGCACCCCUGGAUUGCUGGAGACACUGCCCUGGACAAGAACAUCCAUGAAUCUGUCAGCGCACAGAUUAAAAAGAACUUUGCCAAAAGCAAGUGGAAGCAAGCUUUCAAUGCCACGGCGGUGGUCAGACACAUGAGGAGACUACAGCUGGGAACCAGUCAGGAGGGCCCCAGCCAGAUCACACCCACCAGCCCCUGCCACGGAAACCUGCUUGUGCCUGAAGAAGAUGAAAAUGAAGAGCAGGGCUCCUCGGACUGUGUUGGCGACUGUCCCAAGAGCGAUGGUGGGAGCCCAGAACACGAUGGUGUCCAGAACUGCACAUACCACUGCCAACCAGCCAGCCGGGUCUGAGCAGAACCACGUCACCAUGGCAGCCUGUUUCACUGCAGCCCAGAACCCCAGUCUGGCCAGGAAUACUGAGAUAUUCCAGCUGCCCCCACCAGGGUGCGCUGCUGUGUAAAAAAAAAAAAAAUCCAGGGUGGGGAGGGACUCUGUGCCAGUCGAGGGAGUCACUAGGAGAACGUUGAUACAGAGGGGAAGAGGAACAUUCCCCCUCCCAGGUGUAUCAUGGGUAAUUCUCUGGGAGUUGGAGCUCAGACAAUGUUUUUCAUUUUUAAAUGUAGAUCUGUUUUGUUUUCAUCUAAUUAUGUAUGGGUUUUUAUCAUUACUUAAAAAUUUUUCCAAACAAAACCAAGUCCCUGGAGAUGUAUGCUUGAGCUGGUGAACCCUGUGACUCUUCCCUGAAGUGUUUACUGAAGAAUGACUUUAGCAGAGGAGUCCUGUCCUGCAAUAAGCAGUUCAGUCCCCUCACAGAUGACAGUAAGCAUACGUGAUGCACAUGCUAUACCCCAUAGGUCAGUAAGAACACUCCUGUAGGGAAAAUCUAAAAGAGUUCUGCUGUCCUGUGUUUUUAAUCGGAUGCACCGGACAGCUAGCUUGGUUCACUAAAUGUCAGUUUAGGUGCAUCGCUGCAUCCCCUUGGGCUUGUGGGUUAGCUAUUUCAAGCUUUGAUUGGAUUUUAAUGAUAUCAUGCUGUCUUAGUAAGGCACUGAUAAAAGGCAGAUAUGACGCAUUAUUCAGUGCCUUGAGGGUUGUGGUAUCAAGUGAUUGUUUUCUGGUAUUUUUCCUCUUCUUUCCAAUCAAGAUAAAUAUUUUCUCUGCCUGUGUAUAAAAUGUAUACUUAUUGGCCUUUUUAAAGAAUCAUCCUUCCUCUCAGUUUUUUGUAAUGUUUCCACGUGGCAAAUGCAACAUAUAAAUGCAAAGCAUCACUUUAACCUCCUCCUCAGUACCCUAAUUUUUGCAGCUACUACCGUCCCUGUGAGUAAUAAGACACUUUCCAGUGCAGCCCUUUGAAGUCUGUUAGCCAUCGGCGCCUAUCAGUAUCAGUCCCUCCAUGACCUGAACAUGAGCGUGUCAUUGUCGUCCAGCCUCUCUGUUUGUUCCAAGUGACCGCUUGCUACUCAUUAUUCUGUCAUAGCGGCGUGAAAUUGUUCCAGAGCCCAUAUAUCAGCGCCCAUAAGAUGACAGUCAGUCACCACAGUCGUGGACAGAUAGAGAGACUUGCCUUUGUGUCGCUGCCAGCCCCUUCCCUUUUCUCACCGCUUCGGCACUUGCCUGAAGCUCUGGGUUGGUGUUUAAUGCUGUGUGCAUCUUCGCAGAAGCAUCUGAAUAUGGUUUAUGCUCUUUGCUACAUGCUGUUAGCACAUGCCGUCCCAUAUGAUUCCAAAGGUACUGAAUGUUUUCCUGGUGACAUGUGGUGUUGCAAAAAAUUUGAACUCAUGGGUCAUGGUGGUGAAAGUGCUUGAUGAGAGAAUAUCUUAUUGCACUUGAAAACACCUAUUGUAUGGGAGGUGGAAGGUUAGCCCUUUUUUUGAAAUUACUGCAUGACACCGACCUUUUGAAAUUCAGGUUAAGAAGGCACAUUUUACUCGCCAGAUACUGGUAAUAUUUAUUAUUGGGGUAGACCCUACAUUGAUAUAUUGCCAUUGUUAUUUCUUUAUUUCCUCUGCAUAAUUGCAGCUGUACAGAUGUUAUUUGAAUUAAAGAAUGUAACAAAAUCAUUUUUA